AUGGCUGCCAGAGGCCUUUGCCGGAGACGCCUGAACAGUGCCAUAUGGAGAGACAGUAGACUCUAUUGUACGGACCAAAGCUCAAGAGUCAAAAUCUUCGAUCGCAAUCUCAAGCGCAAACAGCGAGAUAGAGCUGCGUGGUUGAUGCGUCCGAAUGAUUCUUUGCAGGACGCAGUGGCUGAGAAUUUACUCGAUCGAUUGGAGGACUGUAAAAAGACAUUUCCUACGGCAUUAAGUAUGGGGGGUUCCUUGGAAGCAAUUAGGCGUCUGCUGAAUGGACGAGGUGGCAUAGAAAAACUUAUAAUGAUGGACACUUCACCGGACAUGGUGAAAUUAUGUAAAGAAAACGAACAACUAUCACCUAACAAAAAUGUCGAAACAUCUUUCAUUAUCGGUGACGAAGAGUUUCUACCCGUGAAGGAAAGCUCCGUCGACCUGGUUAUUAGUAGCUUGGGACUUCAUUGGACUAAUGAUCUUCCAGGAGCCAUGAUUCAGAGUAGAUUGGCUCUCAAGCCCGACGGCUUGUUUUUGGCAGCUAUUCUGGGUGGAGAAACUUUAAGAGAACUGAGAAUAGCAUGCACAGUAGCACAAAUGGAGCGUGAAGGAGGCAUCAGUCCUCGGAUGUCGCCCUUGGCUCAGGUACGAGAUGCAGGGAAUCUGCUGACUAGGGCAGGCUUCACUCUUCCUGGAGUUGACGUUGACGAAUAUACUGUGAAAUAUAACAGCGCUCUGGAGCUGAUCGAACAUCUUCGUACCAUGGGUGAAACAAAUGCUUUACUCCAGAGGGGCAAAGUUAUAUACAUGACCGGAUGGCGAGAGCACCCGUCUCAGCAGAAAGCCAAGAGGAGAGGAUCUGCCACAAUAUCCUUUGGUGACCUCCAAAAGCAAUUUGGAGAAGGGACUUAG